AUGGGGUUGUGGGCAUUGCUGGACGCGAUGUGGGAGAUGCCGGCCGAGAAGCGUAUCUUCGGGGCCGUGCUGCUCUUCUCCUGGACGGUGUAUCUCUGGGAGACCUUCCUAGCACAACGGCAGAGACGGGUAUAUAAAACUACAACUCAUGUACCGCUGGAGUUAGGACAGAUCAUGGAUUCAGAAACAUUUGAGAAAUCUCGACUGUAUCAGCUGGAUAAAAGUACUUUCAGCUUCUGGUCAGGACUCUAUUCAGAGGUUGAAGGCACUCUUAUUCUUCUCUUUGGAGGAAUUCCGUACCUCUGGAGACUCUCUGGGCGCUUCUGUGGUUAUGCUGGCUUUGGACCAGAGUAUGAGAUCAGUCAGUCCUUGGUGUUUCUGCUGUUGGCUACACUUUUCAGUGCAUUGACUGGUUUGCCAUGGAGUCUUUAUAAUACUUUCGUGAUAGAAGAAAAACAUGGUUUUAAUCAACAGACUUUGGGGUUCUUCAUGAAAGAUGCGAUCAAGAAAUUUGUUGUGACUCAGUGCAUUUUAUUACCUGUAUCUUCACUUCUACUUUACAUUAUUAAAAUUGGGGGAGACUAUUUUUUUAUUUAUGCCUGGCUGUUCACGCUAGUUGUAUCUCUGGUGCUUGUCACCAUCUAUGCUGAUUACAUUGCCCCUUUAUUUGACAAAUUCACCCCUCUUCCUGAGGGAAAGCUGAAACAAGAAAUCGAAGUCAUGGCGAAGAGUAUUGACUUCCCUUUGACUAAGGUGUAUGUUGUUGAAGGAUCUAAACGCUCUUCCCACAGCAAUGCUUAUUUUUAUGGCUUCUUCAAGAACAAGCGAAUAGUUUUGUUUGACACUCUACUAGAAGAGUAUUCUGUACUAAACAAAGACAUCCAGGAGGAGUCUGGCAUGGAACCCCGCAAUGAUGGAGAAGGGGACAGUGAAGAAAUAAAAGCUAAAGUUAAAAAUAAGAAACAAGGAUGUAAAAAUGAGGAGGUGCUUGCUGUACUAGGCCAUGAACUGGGGCACUGGAAGUUGGGACACACAGUCAAAAAUAUCAUUAUUAGCCAGAUGAAUUCUUUCCUGUGUUUUUUCUUGUUUGCUGUAUUAAUUGGUCGAAAGGAACUUUUUGUUGCAUUUGGUUUUAAUGACAGCCAGCCCACUCUAAUUGGACUGUUGAUCAUCUUCCAGUUUAUUUUUUCACCUUAUAAUGAGGUUCUUUCUUUUUGCCUAACAGUCCUCAGCCGCAGAUUUGAGUUUCAAGCCGAUGCAUUUGCAAAGAAACUUGGGAAGGCCAAAGACUUAUAUUCUGCUUUAAUCAAACUAAACAAAGACAAUUUGGGAUUCCCUGUUUCUGACUGGUUGUUUUCCAUGUGGCAUUAUUCUCAUCCUCCACUACUAGAGAGACUUCAAGCUCUGAAAAAUUCAAAACAAGACUGA